AUAUGGAAGUUUUUUAAGUGCGUAGAUUUUUGCUAGAUCAUUGUAUGUGACUAUCUAUAAGAGCAAAUCGCGAGAACCCAAAAGAAUUCCCUUUUAGCAUAACCAAAACCUCACAUGUCAGACAAAUUUCCUGGUUUUCUUGCGAGUGUCGAAGCGUUUUUUUUUUGUGUGUUGUCCUCGUCCGACGUAAGAAGGGCUGCCGGAUUUAAUGCCAGAACCUGUAGCAGAGCAUGAUUACAUAGGUUUUUCAGAGCUUCCGACCAUGGAAGCUUCCGACAAAACCAAAACCAGAGACGACAGCGUCGGUCUGAACCUCAAGGCCACCGAGUUGAAACUCGGUUUACCCGGAUCCGAGUCACCGGAACGGGUCGACCCCAGACUCCUUUCGCUCAAGAGCUGCUGUUCCAUCUCGGGGGCCAAAAGGGUCUUCUCCGACGCAAUCAACGGGACCGAAAAAUGGGUAUUCUCUUCCGGAUCUACUGGUGCUGAUGCGGCUCCGCUGGGUCCGGGUUCGGGUCACGGUGGCUCCGCCGCGAGGGACGGGAAAGCGACGCAGCUGGCUAAACCGGACUCACCGGUUCAGGAGAAGAAGGGUCCUGCUUCAAAGGCGCAGGUUGUGGGUUGGCCACCAGUUCGGUCAUUCCGGAAGAACACGUUGGCUUCUCAAUCUCAGAAGAACAAUGGCGAAAACCCAGAAUCAGAAUCUUGCUUGUACGUGAAGGUAAGCAUGGAAGGUGCUCCUUACUUGAGGAAAAUCGAUCUCAAGACGUUUAAAAGCUACCUUGAUCUCUCUUCAGCGCUCGAGAAGAUGUUCAAUUGCUUCAAGAUUGGUCAGUUUGGCUCCUCUAAUGGCGGAUCCAGCAGCCAUGAGAGCCGCUUGUCAGAUCUCUUGCGUGGAUCUGAGUAUGUGGUUACAUAUGAGGAUAAAGAUGGCGACUGGAUGCUUGUCGGUGAUGUCCCAUGGCAAAUGUUCAUAGAUUCUUGCAAGAGGCUGAGAAUGGUGAAGAGCAAAGAGGCUAUCGGUCUAUCUCCAAGAUCAGUGGAGAAGAGCAGAAGCUGAAACCAGUUUGCCAUUUCCAGAAGCUAGUAUGUCCUUUUCGUGUGAUAAAUAGGUAUUUAGUAAGCCAUUUUUGUGUGUUUGGUAACGGUGUUUGAUCUUUGAUAGCCUCUUCUAAUAAGGGUAUAAAUCAAAUAUUUUUGGUUAUAUGCUUCCUUUCCCUGUAUGUUAUAAUAAUGCAUUGUAAGUUAUUAAGGUGUUGAUCGGUAGACUCACAAUCGCCGCGAUGGCGAUUGCGAGCGUUUACAAUGCAUUUGCUGACAAUUUGACGCGAUUGAUAUUGACAGGUAGAAAAACUGUUAUUGGUA